CACCCUGACGGGGUGUUUGGUGUAGUGUUAUGCAAAUCCGUGACAGGCGGAGUCUUCGCGUGGACUGGGUCAGCUUCUGCAAUCGUCACGCUAAUUGCAAUCGCCAUUGAACGAUAUUAUGCAGUAAUGUAUCCCCAUGGUAACAAGUGGAAUCUUACAAAGCGUAAACUGAAGGUGAUCAUUCCCGUCACUUGGAUCUGCGCCAUAAUAUUAAAUCUUCCGCUGAUGAUUGUGAAGGACGUGAUAGAGACAAAGAGCGGAAACUCUUGCGUGUCCAUCUGGCCAGAGGACUGGAUGGGCAAGGCGUACAGUGUAGCGUGGUUUGUUGGAGUUUUUAUUCCCUUGAUAGUGAUGAUUGGGCUGUAUUCCAGAGUCGUGUACGCUUUGUGGUUCAAAGGAAGUAACGGAAGUCAGCUCACCCAACAGCAGAAAGGCGUCAUGAAGGUGCGGAAGCGCGUCACCUUGAUGGUCGUAGCUGUCACUGCCAUAUUUGGAGUCUGUUGGGGCACAGGCCAACUUGUUUACGUCCUACUGUACUUUAUAUCCGACGACAUUGGCGCCGUCUUGCUCGCAAUUUCUGACGUCAUGAUUCUGUUCAAUUCUGCUGUCAACCCGUUUGUGUACGCUCUGUUGAACCACCAGUUCAGGGAGAAGAUCAAGAGAAUGAUUUGUUGUUCUUUAGCGGCCAGGGUUCAUCCCGAUCUUCAGGACACGCAGCUUGCGGAGACCACCACUCAACCGACCGUGGGAACAAGUUCCAAGCAGUGAUGUGUUAGUUUUAAUCUAAGUUUUUGGGCUGUUCGAGUUUAGAACUAAGAACGGAUAGAAUUUAAAUGAAUUUAGAUGACAUUUAUCCUAAAAUUAGUGGACUUCCACUUUCAAAACAUUAUAAGAAUAACAAGAGCGCCUACGCAUGUCUGUCUGUCUGUCUGUCAAUAUCGUUUUGUAUUUUUUGUUUUGUUUUGUUUUUUUUUCUUUUUCAUAUAAAAUAUGUUACUUAUUUUAUGUAAAAUGUUUGUUGAUGGGGACAAAUUUAUCAGCUGCUGAAACAAACACUGAUGUUUGACCAAAUACAGGCAAAACGAAGAUAUGUAAAUUAUACAAAACACAAACAACCCAUGUUCUUGAAGCUGAGGGAGGCUAAGUGUUGUUUCGUAGAGCUAUACAUGGCUAUAAAGAGUCCACCAACAGAAUUACUGCAUGGAAGCGAUAAACCACUGACCCAAGAACUCGUAGACUCUUCGAUACGAGAUAUUUAUGUGGAAUUACUAACGGAUCAGUGAUCUGAGUUCUUCAAGCUACAAUUUUUUGCCAUCAGGAACUCGUGGAAGGUUAAGAAAUGCAUAAAUAUCCAACUUGUAACUUAUCCCGUUCUCAUUGAGGGACUUGCCUUGUCUACUGGGACUUUCAAGAUGUCGAGAUUUGUUGAAGUUUGAAGUUUAUAUUGCACUUUUUUUUUAUUCUUUAAAUUACAGCUCCAGAAAUUAAUCCGUCUUGUUAACGCAGGAAAAAGUUUUCGAGGCUAAUCUUUUCAGGGCAAAAAUUAAAAAGUAAAAUAUUUAAGCGAGUGACUGCCGUAUUUCCAUGUUGUAUAGACUGAAAAGGAUUCCAUGUUGCAGCUGCUCCGCGUUUUUAAUAUGAUAAAUAUAGAUCUGUAGUCCAAAUUUUAAUUAACCUGAAAACGCGGACGGAAUAAAUAUUAACUGAGAAACUACCUCCUUUGAUCAUGUUGAAGAGAAACUUUCAAUGAAAUGUUUUGUAAUGCUUCUAAAAAGGAAAAUAUGAAAAAAAUAAUUAUAAAUGGUAGACAUUGCUCUUUUUAAUUAAGUAACCCUUAAUCAGUAACCAAGCCCGAAAGAAGAGUAUUCAAAUUGAUAAGAGGUAAAAGAAAUGAUUUCUAAGAGAAAAUGUUUGUAAAAACUGCUUGUAAGAGAUUUUACAAAGAAUAAAUGAAGACAAACAAGUAUGCCAGAGACGAUGAAAAUUGUGAAUAAAUCCUCAUGCAAGUUGAAAACCCACUCCAUAAUUUAAUCGAGUUCACUUUUGUUAGCCCACCCUGUGGUGUUUAGAUUUUCUACCGAUCU